GAAGGAAGAACAGUCAUCAUCUUUGACAUCUGCAUCAACUUCACCAUGAAGAUGCUAGCUGUGUCUGUACUUGUUGUUGCCAUGAUGGCUCUGACUCGUGGUGAUGACUCGUGUGAUUUCCUGAAAGAGUUUGGUGCCAUGAAAGAAAAACAGAAAGUUAUAGAAACCAGACUGACGGACAGUGAAUCCAGACUGAAGGACAGUGAAACCAGGCUGAAGGAUGGUGAAAUCAGACUGAAGGAGAGUGAAAACCAGAUUCUUGAACUGAAGAAAAAAGAAAAAAACAUGGUAGUGUUCAGUGCAGCAGCAGAAGGGAGUGGACACAUUGGACCCUUCAAUACAGAUACAACUUUAGUCUUCAAAGCAGUGAAAACUAACAUUGGCAAUGCCUACAGUCCAUCCACUGGUAUCUUCGCUGCACCUGUUCCAGGAAUUUACUACUUCACCUUCUUUUAUCAUGCCGCUGGAUCACAGGAAGUUUUUCUAACCCUCAUGAAGAACAACGAGGAUGUUGUCAGGACCGCUGAUCACAGAACAUCACAUGACGGGGCUGAUAACGGUGGCAAUGCAGUGUUCUUGCAGCUGAAGCAAGGGGACCAGGUGUAUUUGCGCUUACGUGCAAAUGCACAUGUGUGGGGAAUGCAGUACUUGACCACCUUCAGUGGUUUUCUGGUCAGUCAGGUUUGAACAGGGAAUAAAGAAAUGAUUUAUUUGUCAUUACAGUUACAAUUUCUAAUUUCUUUUAACAGAUCUGAAAUUAUUAUUAUUCACUUUUAAUUGAUUCCUAUUAUUACAGCUGCUUUAAGUGCCCUUUGUACAACUUGGAUGUGUACAAGUAACUAUUAAACAGAUUACAGACUAUGUUACAGUGUGUUAUCUGGAAAGUUAGAUCAGAAUUAAUAAUAUACUUGUACUUAUACUUGUUAAUUAUCUACUAUCCACUUAUCUUGUUUUUCUCUUCAAAAUCAAUAAAGUCAAACUCUUUUGUUGCAUCUUAAAA